UACAGCCGUUUCGAUUCGACACGAAUCUAAAAGAACACCACUACUUUACAAGGUCAUUUAGAAAAUAGUCGUCGACCGACUGGUGUGGAGGCAAGCGGAUUGACCCGAAGAUACGGAAGAAGUUGUGCGCUGCGCAUGCAGAGUGCCUGAACACCACGUGCACGACUGCGCUUGUUGUAUUCUUCUCUGUUCGUCGUGUUUCGCAUGAACAAGACACCAGAGACGAAGAGUCAGUCGGAAAAGUCGAGUUCAAGCUGGUUGGCUGAGAGCGGGAACGCUCCGGACAUCAUUCCUGUUGUUGGCUCUAGCACAAAGGCUCAGUCUCUAAUCAGUGAAUAUGACAAGAAAGACAGGAUGACGGAUAUCAACACAGACUCGAACAGAGAGCACGCGGCUCUGAAGGUGAAAGCUGUACAUCUCCAGAAGUUAUUGGCAAGACAGCUGGUGUACUUAUCCGGUGGGAUGGACGGUUCUCAUCCAAUUUUGACGUUCUCCGCCUCAAGCAGGGAGGAUACGUGUCAGACAAGCGAUUCAGAGAUUACACGUUUACUCAUUUACUUCAUGGAGCUAACAGGUGGCAAAGAUGAUCAUCUAGGUUUCACUGUAUUGGUCGAUAUGAGAGAUGUCAAUUGGAGUGUUGUGUCUGCCUUUGUAGAUCGACUGCAGGGUAUGUCUUGUGUGUCUGUAUAUCGAGCUGUUGUUCUCAGGAAUUCACCUUGGCUCGACAAGUUCAGGUUAUUCAUACAUAAAGUGACCAGCAGUUUUAAGUUUACUGUUGUACAGUCUAUUAAAGAUCUUCACAGACAAAUUGAUCCCCAGGAGUUGACAUUGGACUAUGGUGGAUCAUUGCCCUAUAGUCACAGUGAAUGGAUUGACAUGAGGAAGCACAUUGAACAUUUUAUUGAUGGCUGUGAUGACAUCAAUACAUUACUGAGCAUCCUCACCAGCAACCUAGUUGAAGUACGCAAAAUCAGCACUCUUCUCGAGGCCAAAGACAGGCUCGCGAAAGCUAAGGAAAAUUUAGAAACGGUUCAGUCAGUUGCAGCCAAAUCUGCAUCGGAAGGAAAGGCGUUGCUGUAUAGCAUGCAACACACGGAAGACAUAUCUCCACUGUUGGCUACAUGGACCGCUGCCUAUGUGAAUGCUACGUGGUCUGUUCAAGAGCAACACGAGAUGUUGACAUUACAGUCAACUGCAGCACAAGAGCUGCUUCAGAAUUACAUGAACGAUCUGGAACAGUGUGUUAUGUUUCAAGAGUUUAAGGAGCACACAGUGGCAGUCAUCAAUUUGUUGGAUGAGCACUUUGACAAGUUGACUCUCGCAGACAACGUUAUCGGGAGAGGGACAGCAGCCGCUCAAGCAUCGCUACAGAAACAUAUGGCAUUGGAGAUAGAAGUUCAGAACAUGAUUCCAAAGUGUCAAUUGGUGACGGACAAAGCAAGUCAGUAUGACAGUGAUCACUACGCUGUAGAGAACGUUCAGCAAAUGAGCAAAACGGUUGAGAAAAAAUUGCCAGAGGUUACAAGAAUGUUGGCAGAACGGACCUCAUUGCUUGAGAAAGUUGUAGAGUUUUCUACACUCGUGGACCAGAUAACGAGUUGGUGUAAUCGAGGCAAGGACUUGCUUGCAUGUCAACGUAUUGAUCAGGCUUUGACACAGUCUGGAGUCUCAAAAACUUUACAACAACUGGAAACAUUUACCAAGUCUCGUGUGAGUCUGACUAGACUACAAGAACUAGCCGAAUUAAUUCCGUUCAGUGCUGCGCAGCAGCAAGCUCGACACGCCAUGCAGAAAUGCGGUGAAGUCCAUGAAAUGGUGAACAAUCGCAAAACGCAACUGAACAAAAUAUGCACCACAGUCCGAUCUUUGACUCCGAUGGAAACAAAGCGCGAGAAUGACAAGGAUGUUGCUAUUCGAAAGUGUUUGUCUCUUGAACUGUUGUCACAUGAUCAAGAAGUUAAGAUAUUUGAAUCUUUGGGGCGUGCAUUCUCAGAUGAGAGCAGAGAAGUUGAUGUAGAUGGUGGGGAAAUCAAGACACCCGAUGAUGGUCAGGUAACAUCUGAUGGAGAGGACUGUGAGGAGGAAUCAAGACAAUUAGUGGACAAUGACGAUGAUGAGACAGAUGGGGAAAUAUUGAGGAAGAGAGUGUACGUGUUGGAUGAGUUAGUUGAAACGGAGAGAGUCUACAUUGAAGACCUUCAGCAAGUCAUUCAGGGCUAUUUUGACGAGAUGGAUCCAUCGGACCCAUUCUUGCCGCCAUAUCUACGCGGUAAACGCAACAUCAUAUUUGGCAAUGUUAAACAAAUAUAUCAAUUUCACCAAUCGAUGUUUCUAAGUCAACUGGAACAAGUUUUGACUCCAUCCGAUGUUGCUAAGUGUUUCUUGUACAAUAAGAACGAGUUUGAGUUGUACAGUGCGUAUUGCAAGAACAAAGUCGUUGCAGACGAGUUUCUACAAGAUUGUGACCAAACAUUUUUCCUUAACUGUCAAAAGCGACUUGGCCAUACUCUACCUCUGACAGCAUACUUAUUGAAGCCAGUCCAGAGAAUCACAAAAUAUCAGCUUCUACUGAAAGAUAUGAUGAAUUGCUGUCGUGGAGCACAAAUGGCAUCGACAAAGCUGCAAGAAGCUCUCAGCUCCAUGUUGAUGGUGUUAAAACACGUCAACGAUGCCAUGCAUUCCAUCGGUAUAGAAGGAUUCAGAGGAAGUCUCAUAGAACAAGGCAGCCUUCUCCUACAGGAUUCAUUUCGUGUGUGGGAUGGCAAGGACCCGGUGUUUCGUAAAGAACAUCAACGCCAAGUUUUUCUCUACGAAAAGGCAGUUAUUUUCAGCAAGAAAAGAGCAAAGCAAAAGAAUGCCAACAAAACUGUGUACAGCUUCAAAAACAGCGUCAAAGUCAGUGAACUGGGCCUCACUGAAACGGUUGAAGAUCAACGAUGUCGUUUCAUUCUAUCACAAUAUGGAGAAACAGAGCGAAUGUUCACUCUUCAGGCUGAAACGGCAGUGGUUAAGCAAGGCUGGGUGGACCAAAUCAGACAUCUCUUAUCUCAGCAGCUCAUGCAGAUAAGAGAUAUCAUGUCUGGUCAGGCUGGAUUCUCAUCGUCUGCGGCGAUAAUGACACCGGACUUUCACGAUCAUUCUCCCUUACGAGAACGUUGCCCAUCUAAACAUGGAAAUGGGAGACCUGCUGCCAUUCAUCGACAGUGGAGUCAACGAUCUCUCUCUUGUCCACUUGUCCCAGACAUGGAUACAAAGCGACCAACUGGCCAGGAGCCGUCAAUAGUGAUCACAAACUCUGACAAUGAGGGAAACACAGUAGAAAACAAGGAUCAUGUUGUUCGAGAUUUGGGGGCUGAAACUGUGUCAACGAAUAGCAGCAAUGCUAGUGCUCUGUCAACAGAUAGCUUCGAUUCGGGUGAUGAGUGGGGCGACUCGGAUGAUGUGCUUGACAUGGAUCUGGCUCCAGAUCAGCCUCGCACGUAUUCUGUUAUCGCCAAUUUUAACUACAAGAAUUUAGACGACAGAGAGAUCACCUAUCUGUCACUGAAGAGAGGAGAUCGAGUGUAUGUCGUGAAACUAGGACAAGGCGGAUGGUGGUUUGCACGAGUAAUAGAAGAAGACACACAACAACCGUCACACAACAUAAUGGGCUGGGUUCCCGCAAGCUUCCUUCAGGUGGAAAAUAAUACAAUAACAAUACAAAAGUCCAACGAACACGACGGUGACGGUGAGUCGACACACAAGAAAACCCCACCUGAAGAACCACACGAAACAUCAGUCUAGUGUACUUCCAUUUGAAGGAAAUCGCAUCGAGUUAUUUUGAAAUAGAGUGCAAUGACAGAAUUAUUAGAAGUCAGGCAU